AUGUAUGAAGAAGAAUAUGCAGAAUAAACACCUUCAGAAGAUGGGUUAGAAGAUGUUGAAAUUAUUGUUAGUAAAGAAAGAUGUUAUUAACAAGAAUUAUUGCUUGUUUAUAAUUAAAAAGAAAAAGAGUACAAAUAAUUGAGGGAAUAUUAGAAAUAAAUUAUUGAUAAUAUUUAAAAAAUUAGACACAAGGGUAAAAUUAAAUGGUUAAUACAUAGAAUAUCAAAAUGAUAAAGUUAUGGUUGAUCCUUAUUUAUCGGAAAAUAUAAGAGAGCUGGAGGAAUUAGAAUUAUGUGAUUUAGAAUCUUAAAGACAAGAUAUUAAAGCAGAGAAAUAAAGUAAAAUAGAAUAACUGAAACAACUUCAAAACGCUAAAAAUUAACUAAAAUUACUAUUUACAUAAACAGAAAUCUAGAGUCAUCUGCAAAUAUCUUACAAAUACAUGUUGGAAAAUAUUAAUUAAGAGUUAUUCUAAUGUAUGCAAGAGAGAGCUGAUUUAGAGGAUGAAUAAUUUGAAUUUGAUAAGCGCCUUAAAAGUUUACGAGUUUUAAUAAGGGUAAAUAUUUACUUUAUUUUAGGAAAUAACAGAAAAAAAUCAAAAAUUAAUUUAAUAAAUAGAGAAUAGUAAGUAAGUUUAGUGA